AUGAUCUUGUGUAAUAUAGGCGGAUUUAGCGUUCGAUUGCGUGAAGAACACGAUUUUAGUUGGUUUAAUGAACAUUUUACGCAUCCAUUCUGUAUCUUUGACCAGCAAGAUUCCGGCAAUUUAUCGUUUGGUUCUAUUGAUAUCCAAUCUAGUCAACGCGUUUUUGUUAAAUACGCAGGCGUACGUCCUGAGCAUUUCGACGGUGACUGCCAAGAAGCAAUAUCGCGUCUUCGUCGAGCAGUUAAAGUCUAUACAGAUCUUCAACCGCAUGAACAUCUUAUUCCGAUAAUUCAUUCAUUUUCAACGCCACACGGUUUUACUGUAGUUUAUCCAUGGUUCGAAAAUAGCGAAUGCCUUCAUCCACAUUGGUCCUAUCCACCACCAGCAAAAUAUACCGAUGUUCGAUCACCUUUCUAUCGCUUCCGGCAACUUCCACUCAAACAACGUUUAGCUGCACUGGAUGCUAUUUUUACUCUACUCGAGUAUGCUGAUCGUCGUGGUUACGUGUCAAUUGAUUUCUAUGACGGCAGUAUUUUGUACAAUUUUCAAACAAAUGUACUUAAGAUAUGUGAUAUUGACUUUUUCGAACAAAUACCCUGCCAACCACAUCAACCACCAUGGGGCUCUGCUCGUUAUUUAGCACCGGAAGAGAAUCAACCAGAUGCAGUACUCGAUCAUCGAACGAAUAUUUUUCGAAUGGGUGCUUGCGCUUUUGGUUUGCUUGGUGGCGAACUUGACCGUUCUUUCUCAUGUUGGGAUGCAAAUGAAGAUUUGUACACUAUAGCUCUAAAAGCUGUUGCACCAAAUCCACUUGAGCGUCACCAACAUGUAACAGAGUUUCUGAGCGAAUGGCAAACUGCUGUUUCUUCCUUAAACAACAACUCGUAA